AUGAUCGAAGCACUAUACGACGGAUCUUCUAGUAUUAAUCGAAUGUGGCGUUGGAAUAGGGAUUUUGUCCCAACCUUUAUUUAUCUGGAAAAGGAACACAAUAUGUAUAACAAAUUACGUAUAGCCUUGUCCAAAGCUAGGGUGUUCUCCAAGGAUGUGAGGAAGUAUGUUAUGGGAGCUUCCUCUACUCGUAAUUACCCUAAGGAGAGCGUCGUCAAUGUGCUGCUCCAAUCAGAUUCGUAUAACACAAAACCAUCAUAUUGGUCAAGUGUGGGUCAUGCUCAUCCUGAUAUUUGUGAAAGCAUACUUUUCAAGUUAGAUGGCAGCAUGCGUGUAAUCACCGACAUUAAUAUACGACCUUAUCUAGAAUGGUUGCAUCAAGGAAACUUUGUACAUUCAGCUAGAUCGGUCCGAUUUAGGAUGGGAUAUGCAAGAUGCCCCGGGUAUUUCGCUAUGAAUGCAAACAACUUUCCGUUGUCCCAUAUUGUAGACGAGCACUUCAACUGGGGUUAUACAUCAGCUGAAUUUCCUAUGGAACAGAUAUAUGGGUUGCAGAGAUUCACACUGCCUGAACCAGUCCUGUGUCUUGGAGGAUUUCUUAAAAUCGAACUUUUAGGGAUGGUGCAGCAGGAUCCCGUUGACAACAUGUACUAUCACCGUAUUGGGGUGGUGAAUAUCUACGGCCACUCUCUUACGCCCGGCUUCAAAUUUGAGCCAGGAGAAGGAGGGAUAUUGCAUUUUACCUACAAUACUUUGGAGAUUCGCAAUGUUCUGAGGAAAAUUCCGUUGCAGUUCGUGUCCCCAAACACGAUAUUUGAUAACCAGUUUUACCGGAUGUUCCUCAAUGACUCGACACAAGCUGCUCAGGUCAGGAACUUGGUUCGGGAUGAGUUGUUCCAUGCUGCCAAUAGACAUAAUUGA